UGAGAUGACAGAAUCUGUUAUAGACAUGGACCAGAAAGAGAAGCUGGUGGAUAGAAGAGAAGAAGAAGAUGAAGAGAAAGAGAAUGGAGAUAACGGGCCAUCUUCGAGUGAAAACACAUCUUUUUUAACGGAGCUAAAUUUAAUUCUUCUACUUUCAUUUCUCUCAUUAUCGUCUGAAGAAUGUUACGAUUCUGAGGAGGUUAAGGAGACGGAGAAUAUCAAAGAUCACAAAGUUGUGCAAACCGCGUCGAGAUCACAGACUAGAAGACAAAAUGUAAAGGAAUUUAAAGCUCUUGAUCGGCAAGCGCCAAGAUUACAAACGAAGAUAAGAGAUUGCAGGCACAACAGAAGAAUGUGACAACAUCAUGCAAGAAGCAGCAGAAUAGGGUGCAAGAAGUCUCGAGUUCAAAACCUUCCGGGGAAAAAAACCCAGAGAAGAUGUCAACAAUAUCGAGCUCAACCAGCAAAAGGGGUGAUUACAUAAACUUUUGUCCACCCCUUCUUUGAUAUAGAAGUAGGAGAGAGAGUUGUAUGUUUUUUAGAAGAACACAAACACAUUUACAAAUAUCAUUAGCAAUAACAAAGUUGAUGUAUCAAACCAGUCUAGCAUUGUUCAGGAAUGGAGAAGCUUUAUUGACUUCAAAA